CUGGUCCUGCAGCGAUAUGCACUUAGUGCGGGAGAUUUGUGGCGCGUAUUUAUUCGAAAUUCUUCCCUCCCAUCGUUGCACUUUACUCAUUUUCUUGGUUCCUUUGUACUACGCGGUACUAAAUUUACUAACAUCAACAUGGUCGCCCUGAACCAAGAGGCUUUUCCUGCUAACUCAUCUGAAGAGACCGAAAGCGUAGCUGUUGCUAACGAAGAGGUGGAUUUGCCUGAACUGAGCACUGAACAGAAAAAAGAAGCUGUGAAGGAUCUUCUCGCUCAAGGGAAGCGCGAUCUCAAAGCGGGAGAUUUUGAAGCAGCGGCUGAGAAACUCAGCACUUGUGCCAACUACUCGGCUGAAGUAUACGGUGUGUUUGCCAGCGAAUCGUUCGAUCCUCAUUAUUAUUACGGGCAGUGCCUCAUUGAAUUGGGUCGCAUCGAAGCGGAUGUGUUAAAAAAUGCAAUGACCGAUAUGCCUGAAGCAGAUGAAGAAGAGGAAGCUGAGGAGGCAGAAGAUGGUGUCGAGGAGAAGGAACAGGACAAGGAUGAAACUAUCGGUGACCCAGAUAAACUAACUGAAAGCGAGCGAGAAGAGAUAAGGGAACAAGUGGACGAAGCUCUUGCAGAAAAUGCUGAAGCGUUGGAAAAGGCCCAAUCUGCUAUCAGUGGUGAUGGAGAGGGUAAAGUAGACGAAAACCUAGCGGAGGGGUCAGAAAAGGAGGCGCUUGAGGAAGAAACUGCUGCUGAAGCUGAAGACGGUGCUGAUGCUGCCGAGGGGCAAGAUAUUGCUGAGACGACUGAGUCCAGUGCCGAGGCUACAACAGUUUCCAAUGAUGCUGUAUCUUCUUCUGAAGAGCCUGCUGUCUCGGAAGCCACUGAGCCCGUCUCCGAAGAGCCAGCUACGGAUGCCGCUGAAGCUACAGAAGCCGCUGAUGCUACUGAUGCUAUCGAGUCCGCCACAGAACCUGCUUCAGCUGAGGAGAAUACCGAAGCUAUGGAGCAGAACGAAACAGAGGACGCAGAAGCAACGCCCAUCGUAACAGAGCCUGACACGGAAGCAAAGGACGAUACUGAGGAGGAACCCAGUAAUUUCCAAGCUGCUUGGGAGGUCCUUGAGGUUGCGAGAAACAUCUGUGACAAGCAAGAGCCAACAAAGGAAUGGGAGCUCCGAAAAGCAGAUGUUCUGUUUUCUCUUGCGGAAUGCUCGAUUGAGGAGGAAAACUACAAGCAGGCUUUGGAUGAUUUGACGAGUGCUCUUCAAAUCCAACUGCAUCACCUGCCCCCCGGUGAUCGUAUUACUGCUCAAACCUAUGUUACAUUUGCACGGGUAUAUAAAUUGGACAAGGAGUUCGCUCUCGCAGCUGAGCAUUAUCAGAAGGCAAAAGAGUGUCUCAGCCUUCGCAUUGAAACUGUUGAGAAGGCCAUUGCUGAGAUGAACGAGCCAGAGAAAGAGAAGGAGAAGGCAGAACUCGAAAAGGAACUGGCAGACUUAAAGGGGCUAAUUCCCGAUAUUGAUAUGAAAAUUCAGGACGCUAACGAGAGUGCCGCUACCUUAGAGAAAGCUAAAGAAGAGCUGAAAUCUGCUUUCUCGGCUACGUUACCGAAGCUGACGACGGUUUCUGAUGAUACUCCUGUUAACGAUAUCACAAACAUGGUUCGCAAGCCAGUAAAGAGAACUGCCGAUGCAGCUGCUGAGGUGGAGUCAGAAGCUGAAGCCGCGAAACGACCAAAACCAGAAGCAGAAGAAGCCUCCGUUGCUGAUAGCGCCACAGUUUGA